GGCCGUGCCCCCACGGCAGGCACGGAGCCCGCAUUCCUGGGAGGCCGGGCAUGCGGGGCGCCGUGGGCCGGCCCAGCCCGGCCAGCAGCCCCUAUAUGAGCCCGGCCCGGGCAGCGCAGCCGCCGGCACAGCCAUGGACGACAUCUACAAGGCAGCGGUUGAGCAGCUGACAGAAGAGCAGAAAAAUGAGUUCAAGGCUGCCUUUGACAUCUUCGUGCUGGGGGCAGAGGAUGGAUGCAUCAGCACCAAGGAGCUGGGGAAGGUGAUGAGGAUGCUGGGGCAGAACCCCACCCCUGAGGAGCUGCAGGAGAUGAUAGAUGAGGUGGAUGAAGAUGGCAGUGGCACUGUGGACUUUGAUGAGUUCCUGGUUAUGAUGGUGCGGUGUAUGAAAGACGACAGCAAAGGAAAAACCGAAGAGGAGCUCUCAGACCUGUUCAGGAUGUUUGAUAAGAAUGCUGAUGGCUACAUCGACCUGGAGGAGCUGAAGAUCAUGCUGCAGGCCACAGGAGAGACCAUCACUGAGGAUGACAUAGAGGAGCUGAUGAGAGAUGGGGAUAAAAACAACGAUGGCAGGAUUGACUAUGAUGAGUUCCUGGAGUUUAUGAAGGGGGUUGAAUAAAUCUGAGGCCAGAUGGACAGCUUGAAUCUCCUAAACCCUCCAGCUCUGCAUCUCAUCUCCUUGACUAAGUCCCCUGGCUACCAGCAUGAAGACUGAGUGCUGAGAAGGGUGGCCAGGGGGAAAUAAAACCUGUUAAUACCCA